CUAUCGAGCUCCCCGCGCGUGGUGUGCUACUACACCAACUGGUCGGUGUACCGGCCCGGCACCGCCAAGUUCAACCCGCAGAACAUCAACCCGUACCUCUGCACGCAUCUCGUCUACGCGUUCGGCGGGUUCACCAAGGAGAACUCGCUCAAACCCUUCGACAAGUACCAGGACAUUGAGAAAGGUAACGAAUGUUGAGACAUGUCUUUUCGUCAAGUUCAACCCGCAGAACAUCAACCCGUACCUCUGCACGCAUCUCGUCUACGCGUUCGGCGGGUUCACCAAGGAGAACUCGCUCAAACCCUUCGACAAGUACCAGGACAUUGAGAAAGGUGGUUAUGCAAAGUUCAACGGGCUCAAGACGUACAACAAGAACCUCAAGACGCUCCUGGCCAUCGGAGGCUGGAACGAAGGCUCCGGCCGCUUCUCACCCAUGGUCGCCGCCAAGGACAGGAGGAGAGAGUUCGUCAGGAAUGUUAUUAAGUUCCUCAGACAAAACCACUUCGACGGGCUGGACUUGGACUGGGAAUACCCAGCUGCGCGCGACGGAGGCAAGGCCAAGGACAGAGAGAACUACGCCAAGCUCGUGAAGGAGUUGAGAGAAGAGUUUGAGAAGGAGUCGGAGAAGACGGGCAAGCCUCGCCUGCUGCUCACUAUGGCGGUGCCAGCGGGUAUCGAGUACAUUGAGAAGGGAUUCGAUGUGAAGACUUUGAGCAGAUACCUGGACUGGAUGAACCUGCUGACGUACGACUACCACUCCGCGUUCGAGCCGGCCGUCAACCACCACGCGCCGCUCUACCCCAUCGAGGAGCCCAACGAGUACAGCGUCGACAAUGAGCUCAAUAUUGACUACACGAUAAAGUUCUACCUAGAGAACGGAGCUGAUCCCGACAAGCUGGUGUUGGGUAUACCGACCUACGGUCGUUCCUACACGCUGUUCAACCCGGACGCCGUGGAGAUUGGUUCGCCUGCCGACGGGCCUGGUGAACAGGGGGAUGCUACCAGGGAAAAGGGAUAUUUGGCGUACUAUGAGAUUUGCGAAGCCCUAAAACCAAAGAGCAAGAAACGCGCGAUCGCAUCAGACGAAUACUCCGAAGAAGAAGAAGGCUCCGAGGAAGAAGAGGAAGAAGAGUGGACCAUAAUGUACCCCAACCGCGACGCCAUGGGCCCGGUCGCGUACAAGGGCAACCAGUGGGUCGGCUACGACGACAUAGAUAUCGUGAAGAAGAAAGCCGAAUAUGUCGCUAAAAAUGGACUUGGAGGUAUAAUGUUCUGGUCGAUCGACAACGAUGAUUUCCGCGGUACUUGCCACGGCAAGCCUUACCCGCUUAUUGAAGCUGCCAAAGAAGCAUACAUCGCUAAGUUCGGAUCCACCGACCUGACCUCGGUAAAGGAAACCCCUAAACUGUCAUCAAAGUCCGCAAACCGCAGAAGGAACCGCCCCAAGCCCAGCCCCUCCACCACCACCACCACCACCACUACCACCACAACUACUACGACCAAAAAACCCAAAAUUAAGAGCAACAAACGAAAGAGUGGGGGCAGCACUGCAGUGAGCACGACGCCAUCUUGGAAUGUCAUCACUCCCGAGCCACCGACUACUCCGGACCCUGGAUCAGAUUUCAAAUGCAAGGAUGAAGGAUUCUUCCCUCACCCGCGAGACUGUAAGAAGUACUUCUGGUGUUUGGACUCCGGGCCUUCUGACCUCGGCAUAGUGGCGCAUCACUUCACUUGUCCUUCUGGUCUGUACUUCAACAAAGCGGCUGACUCAUGCGACUUCGCUCGCAACGUCCUCUGCAAGAAGUCGGCGGCGACAACAAAAGCGCCCACCAAACCAACAACAACAGCCAAAACAACAGUCUCGACGACCACAACUACAACAACAACCAGGCGACCAAUAAGACUCACCUCCAGAAGUUCGUUGUUGUUCCGCACUACUACCACAACAACAACUACACCAGCUCCUGAACCUGAGGUAAGUGAAGAAGUAGAAGAAGAGGCGGUGGACGAGGCGUCUGAUGUGGAAGCAGAAGAUCCUAAAGUGAUCAAGGAAUUGAUUGAUCUCAUAAAGAAAGUUGGCGGUGUUGAACAAUUGGAGAAGCACCUAAAGAUCUCGGAGUCAUCGUCCGGCACGACGGACGGCGUGGCCAGCACCACUCCCUCGCCCUUCAACAAGAAGCUGUACCAGAGGGUGCUGGAGAGAGCACGGGGAAAAAACAAGUUCGGCGCCAACAGUGUGACGGAGAGCAGUGUUCAGAACAGUCGCCGUGGGCCACAGAACGCGGGCAUCGAACCCGCACCCGACAAGGAUAGGUUGCUGAGAAAAGAGAGACCACAAUACACAACAAUCAAUCGGUCGCGACCAUCAACUUCAACAACAGAAGAACCGGCAGAGAGCGAGGAAGUUGACGAGUCUGAGGAAGUCCAACAACUGACGAGAUUCAGAGAAGAGCCAGUGGUCACAGUUGGCAGCACUUCCAAACAAUAUGUCAACAUUAGGCGUUCCAGGCCAACCACGGCCGCUACUACAGAAGCUCCUGAUGACUCUAGAAACGCACUUUUUGAACGUGUGGAACCAUAUGUUGCUGUCGAAGAAUCUCCUAACUCGUUAGACAUUUUGAGUGGAAGACGAGAAAAUGUGCCCGAAUACGUCACUAUUAGACGGUCUCGACCUACAGCCGAAACUACUACAAUCCAGUAUCAAGUUUCUGAACAAGGAGAGGAAUCACAAGAGACGGUGUUGGAAAAAGAAAUAACUUCCCAAUCAUCGCAACCGCUAUACACUUCUGUACUCAGAACACGUUCUACUACCCUUCCACCUCCCGAAGAACCGAACACCCCAGAACCAACCACGAUUCUGUCGGUCCAACUAUCUUCACUAUUAAACCCUUCGAAUACAGAUGAAACCGAACAACUUCAACCCGAACAAUCGCAAACUACAGUUACUCAAACAACCGAAUUUCCCGAGCCUGAAACAACGACCACUUCGACUACGACUACGCCAACUCCAACGACUACGAGCACAACCCCAGCUCCCUCUAGUACACCUACUAGACGAACUCUCUUGCGCCGCCGAGGAUCAACUACGCCUACCGUCACAACUGAAGCGCCAGUUUCGACCACCCAGGUAAGUUCUAGGAAUUAUUCAUUUAUACGCCGCCGACGACCUUUAUCCCAACCCAACGAAAUAUUAUCAGACUCUAAUGAAUCAGUGGAAAAUUUACGUAAAGUCAGAUCCACUACACCGGAUAGUCGGGAAGUAGAUGGUAUCAAGCCUGCUGGUAAUAGUGGGCUAAUAAGACGAUUUAAAAGUAGAUCCCAAUCUCGACCUGAGGAACCAAUAUCAGCCGCCGCGUCUCAGAUAUCUAGAGGUCAGUUUAGACCCCGACUUAACCCCAACGAGUUACUAUCUCUUACGCCAAUUGACAUAGCAACUUCAGAAAUUAAUGAAGAUGAGGAAGUCCUUGAAGAUAAUAUUCAAUUUCCCAGUAGAGUAAGGACUACACCGGCUGAUAAAGGAGUAGACAGUGAAGGUGCUGCUGCAACUAUUGAUGAAAGACUUUCAGAUUCUUUACCAAGAAGUCGAGGUAGAUUUUCUCUGUCUACAACUGAAGCCAUAACUAAAUCAGUUGCUACUGAAUCUCCACUAAACUUAAGACGACCAACUUUUUCUAGAUUUACACCCAGACCUUUCGGAAGGACAGUUUCAACAGUAGAACCAGAAAAUAAUGAAAAUAGUCUCCCUAUUCCAAGAAUACGUCCAAGAUUACCCUUUGGCAGGCAAAGAGGGACUUCUACAUCAUCAACUAUAGCACCUUUAUUACAAGGUAGAAAACUACCAUAUGCAUCUCGACAGUCAUCAACGCAGCAAAUAUCAACUCCCCAAAUUGAUGACGAUGAAAUCGACAAUAAAAGUGACGAUAUUUCUCUCUCUGAAAGUGCUAUAGAAGAAAAAGAACACGAAGAUUUAUCAAAUGAUACCGAAGAAAAGAAGUUAACUGUACCUGAGAGUGUAACUGAAAGUAUUCCUAUUUUAGAUACAAAUCAAGAUAAAAAUGCGAAAAGAAAGUUUAGGGUAAUUCGUAGAAGACCCACAACAACUUCAACCACAUUGGAAACAUUAGCUGUUGAUGUUGUUGAAACAACCACAAGUGCAGUUCCAAGAAUUCGCAAAAUUAUAAGGAAAAAGAUAAGACCUACUAAAGAAGAACCAGAAUCAACGCCGAAAUUAAUAGGUAUAGUUAACGCUGGAUUUAAAGAAAUACCCAAAAACAUUAUAAAUUAUGGAGAGAAAACUCGAGUAACAGUUACUGAUGCAGUGCCAACCGAAAAAAUUACUACAGAAAAUGAUGAAUUGGGUUUUGAUUUAAUAUCAGAAAUAUUGAAAGAACCAGUAGUAAUUGACAAAAAAGAACAAGGAGAAGAUGUCAUUGUUAACAAUAAAAACGAUGCACAAAAAUCAAAGACCGUAGUAGAAUCAACUACUAAAAUAAAUGAAAACACAGAUGUAAUUGUCGAAACUGGUGAGGCAACACUUGAUAUAUCUGAAAAUAGUAGUAAAGAAAUAGAAACUACGGUUGCAGAUGUAUCAAGUGAAAGUAAAGGAACGACACCUAGCAGUCAAGAACUAUCCGAUGAACAGCCUCAAAAAGAAAACAAAAGUAACUCUGUAGAAAACAAAGAAAGUUUUACGAAAGAUGAGAACAAAGGUUCGGAAAUUAUAAAAACGGAAGAUUUACCUGAAGACCCAACCACAACUGAGGCUUCUGUUACGGAAACAGAAACAACAAUUAGAACUACUCUGACUAGCACGACUCAAUUAACAUCCCCCUCUCCAAGGUCUAGAUCACCAUAUAGACCCCCAAAAAGGCUAUUAACAUCAACUACUGAAUCUACUCCUUCUAGUAGUAGAACAUUUAGUCGCAAGUAUAACCCUGGUGCAUAUACUAGCCCUUCCACCGUUGAUCGACCUGGAUUUAUUAGUCGUAUUACAACAAGAAAUCCCCUUUUGUCAAGAACAUUUACAAGAAGAACAUAUCCUACUGCAAGAACGACACCAAAAUAUCAACCUCAAGAUGAAGAAGAAUAUUCAGAUGAAGAGCUUCUUGAGGAAGAGCCUGAAAGUCCUUUUGCUUUUGUUCCACAAAACAAAUUAUUUACAAGAAAACCUGAUUCAGAAGAGUAUGAAGACAAUGAAGAAGAAGAAGAACCGAUUAACGAUGAUUUGGAAGAAACAUCAGAUGAUGAAGCGUAUGAAGAGGAGCAACCAGCAAAAUUCAAACCAACUUCCAAAAAACCACUUUUCAAACCUAAAAUUAUAAAUUCCAAUACCUUUAGAACAUCCACGUCAACUACGGAGAUUCCUAGAUAUGGAAGUAAUCAAAACAGAACCGCUAUAUAUAAUAGAUUUGGUGGUAAUAAGCCCGUUAAUGAUACUAAAAAACGUGUGCAAAAUGUUCCACUUGGAUAUAGUACUCCAAAAGUAGCACAACAAAUAAAUUUAAAUAACUCUACACCACAAACGAAAACGACACAAACUGAAGAAAUUUCUACUACUGCUGUAACAAAUGACGAAGACUUUACAACAACAGAAAGUGACGAUUAUCUUUCAUCCGAAAUCAGUACAUCCGCACCUUCAGAAAACACUGACACGUCAAACACUUCUCAUAUUGAAUCUGCUACAGCUGAAAUGGAAAUAGAUAACAGCACGGAUGACUAUUUGGAAUAUACUACUUAUCCAAGUACAAAACAAGAUUCAUAUACAAACGCGCAAACAGAAACCGAUGCUGACAUUGAAACUACAACUUUUGUAUCUAUGUUAGCAAGGAAAAUUGCACCUGCAUCUGAAACUACAACUGAAUCUGUGCCUGAAACUACAACUAACACUCGUGAAAUAUCACCAGUUUACAAAAGUCAAUUUGAUAAACUUUUCUCUGUUAGUAGAGUUGUUGAAGUAUCAUCAAAAUCAGAAAAACAUAGAUUGAAUAAAAACAAUGAAACUAAAUUAAUUGAAGAAGGUAAAGUAAUGAUAGAGAAGAAACCUACAGUUGAUAAAAUCGGAGAAGUUAGCAGAUACAGCCUCAUUAAGAUAGUUGAAGAUGAAAUUCCUAUUUAUUUAACUAGACUUGGUCACGUUUAUCCCGUAGAUAACCCUCCAGAUAACCCUAUACGUAUAGAUGAAGCUCGAAAUGCCCGAGCAUUAGUUGACUUUUCCGAUAUCCCUAAAGAAAACCUGGUAGCUUCUGAAAGCAUGAAUGAAGCUUAUAGACACAUUAACCAGGUUUCAGGUACAAUAAAACACAACGAAAAAGAUGAAAUUGAACAUAUAUUUGAUGAUGAUUUCUUAAGUUACGUGAACGAAGAGAAAAAGUCAGAUAAAUUAGAAGAAGAGCAACAACAUGAACACUGGCAAUUUGUUCCGGCAGCUUACGAUAAUGAGAAAGAAAACAACGAAGCAAAAAGUUUUGAAAUUGUCACACCACGAUUAAUGUUAACAGAUCCCUCAACUUUGCCUUUAGAAGCUUUAUUCAAAACGGAAACGCCGAUGAAACCUAGAAAAGUUAGUGAUGCUGAUAUCAAUAAGCCUUUCGUAGUAUAUUCGGCGCCAGUGCCUACACAGGAGGAAAACGCCGAUCUUGUUAAACUAAAAAUUAUUAAACCUCAGUCAGCUGGUCGAAGUAUAGUAACUUUUGCAAAAGGAAAAGAAUUUAAAGGCGCUCCGACAGUAGAUGACUCUACUAUAAAAUAUCCGUUCAGUGUUUCCAUUUUACAGCAUACACCUGAAACAACUACAACUAGCGCAUUAGCGUCAACCUUAAAUGUAUCUUCGACAACAACAUCAACGUCAAAAACAACAACGUCGGAGCCACCAUCAAUAUCUACUUCAACUGAAAACGUUAAAACUAGCCCUAUAGUGGAGCUCCUAACGACACCUCAAUCAACUACGCUCCAAACAGAAAGCUUACAAACAACAGAAUUAACUACAGAAACAAUCCCAGUUACUACAGAGACGAUACAAGAAGAAACAACUACGAUAAAAAUUUCCCCAUUUGAAGCUAAAAGGGCCAAAUUCGGGUUCCCUAGAAAACCUGUCAUACGACCACUAAAUAUAACGAGAUUAAAUACAAAUCCGCGCACAUCCAAAAAGAUAAAUGCAACUGCUAUUAAUUUAGUUCAAAAAAUUAACAAGACUUCCACUUUCAGUCCAAACAAAGCGCGUGUUUCGAACAACAAAAGGGUACAAAAUGUACCGGUAGAUGUUAGGAAGAAGUUGACAACUCCAAAAUUUAAUAAAACGAGAACAUUCACCACGGAAUCACCACGAACUACGACUGAAAGAAGAGUCGUGAUAAAACCAAUAAGGCCUAACUUACGACCAGCUUUUGUGCCAAGAAGAUUUACAACAGUUCCAACAACAGUGAAUGGAGACACGUAAAAUAUUAAUUAACAGGAUCUUAGCAAAGUGAACAGUCACGCAAGGAAACAACGAUGGCAGAGCAUUUUUUACUUUGUUAAAUUUUUUAAACGCUGCUACUACAGAUCAAAAUAAUGUGACUCAAGUUUAAUAAGCUCGACAUGCAACAUCCUUGCUAGACUGCUAGACGAAGUAGAUCCUGCAAGAGGUUAAUCUUGUUAGAGUUGUUCGCCAAAUUUUAACUUAAAACAUUUAAGUCUGUAUAAUACUUAGUUGGGUUGGUUUAAGUUUAAGGAAUGAAAUGUUUAGUUGACUGCGAUUUUUACGAACGAAGUUUUUUUUAUUUUAUGUAUAAAAUUAUGAUAUUUUUCAAAUUGCGUUCAAAUUGCUUUUAAAUCUUUCACAAAAGUACAAAAGUAACUUUAACGUUAAAAAAGUCGUAGUUUCUUAUCGCAUUUCGUUUGUAGUAUAGGACGUGCUUGUAAAUAUAGUAAUAAUCCACACUUUCAGUGUAGUCAUGUUAUAAACAUUUAUAGCUUUAACUUAGAUAUUUAUAUGAACGGAAAGUUUUUCUUACCAAAAAUGUAUAUUUUUAAUGUUAGACCCUUUUGGUAUAAAGGCUUUCGUACACAAAUUGUCAUAGGUUAUGAUUAGUUUACACUUAUUUAAUUGAUUAUUUUAAUUAAUAUUAUAUAUUAAUUUACCUACUAAUAUUUCUUAACGUUACCAUUUGUAUAAAAUAUCGGCACAUAAUGUUAAAAUUAUGUAAAUGUAACUCACGAAAUUUAAUUGAAGUUUAUAAUAAACUCUCAGUAAACUGUAA